AUGGCUCUCUUCCACUACCCCAACCAGCUCCUAGAGAGCGGCGAGAAGGGCUUCUGGCUCACGCCGAUCUUGGAGGUGGCUGUCACCACUCUUCAGCCGGCGCUCUUCGCACUCGGCACCGUGUACUGGCCCGUCAAGGCCAUGUCGUUCAGGGAAGGGAAUUGUCAGCUUGGCAUCUGCGUGGCUGUGACCUGGAAGGCCAGCUUCUGGGGCAACAGCACCCUCGGCUGCUAUGUGAUCCACUUCCUCUUCAGAGAUCGCAUGACAGAAGUCAUCCAGAUGAUGAUUCCGAUGCUGAGCUGGGAUGUCACCGGGCUUCUCCUGCCUUUGGCCAUCAUCGAUCUGGCGAAGCGGAAAACGAAGCAAAGCAGUCAGAAAGCCCUUCGGGACACUCCCAGCCUCGUCAUCCCGUGGGUACCUCAGCUUGCAGGGCUAGGAAAUUCUGCGGGAUUUUGUGUGCGGCGAGCCGCUAUGAACAUCGGAGCCAUGGACGGUUGGCCGUUCCCGAGCGACUUCCGCGACCCGAACGAGGCAUGGGAUGUUCAGGGCAAGCUCGUGUUCUUCGCACUCUACACGGGCUUCUGGGCAUGCAUGGUGCUGGCGGUGUUCCUCUACACGCGGCUUCGCAGCCACUGCAGCUGCCGCAGACGAGUGCGUUCGCCAGUGAAGCGGCAAAGCAGCGGCUUCGCAGAUGUUUCGAAGAUGUCGGAAGCCUUCGGGGAGAUGCCGCCCUUCCCAGAAAGCAAGGUCCACGAGCUGUUCUUGGAACAGGCGAAGCUGACGCCGACGGCGACGGCCCUGGUGUUGCCCCACGAGGCAAAGACUGUGGUCACGUACCAGGAGCUGGCAGAAGCCGUGAGGCAGUUGGCCGUGGUGCUCGAACAGCUAGGCGCCAAUGGCGAGAUCGUGGCUUUAUCCUUGCCGCGCAGCAGCGCACAGGUGGUGUCGAUCCUCGGCGCUUUGCUGGCGGGUGCCGGCUACCUGCCCAUGGACGACACGGGGCCAGAGGCAAGGAAGAGGCUCGUUCUGGAGGACAGCCGCGCGAAAGUGUUGAUCUCCGACGCCAACUCCCAGGAGUGCAAGCAGCUC